UUUUCCAAUCCAAUAGUGCUUAAUCCGCCGGGAUCCCUUGUCUGCCGCCGCAACCACAGCCUCCCCCUUAUACGACGACACCCGGCACCCCACAGGACUGAUCGGAACCGUCGGUGCAGACAGGUACACGACCUCUGCCGGAUCAUCUCCGGCGCCACGGAAGCCAAGAUCGUAUCGACGGUACGGUACCAUAAAUCGCAUACUUCUCCAGAACCUUCUUCUCCGAUUUCAGUUCUGAUCUUCGAUCUCAAUCAAGUGUCCGAUUUCAGUUCUGAUUUUCGUCCUCCAUUGAAUCGACGUUCGCCUCACACUUCUUCUCGCUGCGGCUGGAGAACCCGUGGUGUCGGCAACCCAAUUUUUUGGGGCUCUAACUCAUUGUCGUACAUGUUUGAUUCAAGUUGUAACUGUAGUUUCUGCUUGUCCACUUUAAAGAUGAGCAAGGUCGAUGAAGGUGUCUCCUCCGAACUCAAUGAUGAAAACCAACAAAGAAAAGAAAAGGUGUAUUUGAGCAGUCGUUGUGGCGUACAAGAAUUCUCUGGCCUUAUAGAUAGUUUGUCCGACGACAAAAAGCAUGUCAUUGAAGAUAUGGGAUUUGGAGGGCUAUUGCAUUUGAAGAAGCAUAAGUUGAAGUUGAAACUUUGUGAGGAACUUAUGAUGAGGUUUGAUGUGACUACUAGUCAACUAAACGUGCAUGGUAAUCGUUUGACCCUACGUGUUGAUGAUGUUGUCACCAUAUUGGGUUUGCAUGGUGGAGGCAUGAAUGUGGAUACUCAUCUUGGUGAGGGAGAUGAAGUGAGGGUCAGGUUUAAUUUGGGUUAUGGACAAAUUAAAUGUUCAAAUCUAAAAACAGAUAUGAUGAAAGAUCUCACGGUCGGUGAUGAAUUUAGAGGGAAAUUUCUUUUAUAUUCAAUGAGUAGACUUUUGAGACCGUCUACUGCAGUUUAUGUUCCCAAUAAUUAUUUGAGGAUAUUAGGCAAUAUUGAUGACGUGGGAAACUUGAAUUGGGCAAAAUUUGUGUACGAUGGUCUUUUAGAAGGAAUAAAAGACUAUCAAAACAAAUUGGAAGGCACAUCAAGAGAACAAUCUGUGACGGGCUGCAUUUUAUUGCUUGAGAUUUUUUACCUAGAGCACGUAAAUAUGCAUAAUGUGACUCGUCAUUCAAGCUCCUUACCACGCAUACGCCACUGGGAUGACAAGUCAAUUGGGACGAUUGUUAAGAAGGUUUCUAGUUUGGGUGGAGUUGAUAGCAUACAGGUGGAAUUUGGAAGGGAUGGUGCUAGUUGCUUCACAAUUGAGGAUGUUACAGCACAGAUAGUUCAAUUGAGGAAUGAAUUUCAACAAGAAAUGCACUCUACAAAAUCACAAAUAGGUGACUUGAAGAAAGAAAUGUCUGAUUCUAUGUCACAAAUCAUUACAAAAUUGUCCAGCAUUGAAAGCCACUUGGAAGCCAAAGCUGCAAAUAAAACCAUAGAGGAUGAGGCGGUGCAGGUUCGUACAAAAAAAGGCGAGUUGAAUGAUGAUGCUAUUGCACAUGAGAAGACAUGCGAGGGAGUUAGAACGGGUGCAGAUCACACGAUCAGUGAAGAGAAUAUGACUACAAAUGAAGAUUCAACUAAUGUGUAUGAUAAAUUGGAUAACAUGGCUCGUGAUUUCAAGGCAAAAGAAGAUUUUGUGGAGCUUUCUGAUGAUGCAAGCUCACUUCUAAAAGCAUCAACGCCUAAGGGAAACCACCUGGAAAAGCAAGGAAAUAGGAGAUCUGGUGCAAUUUCAUCUCAAAAUGAAAAGAAAAGAAAGGCAAAUCAACAUGAGGAAGAUGAAACAGAUUCAUUUGAGGCACUUAUGGCUGGAGUAGAUCAAAAGAUUCGAUCAAGAGAGGAUUCAAACAUGGGACUUCGAAAGAAAGAAGUACUCAAAGCCGGUCCACAAUUUCAGUUUCCUUAUGUGGCCGACAAACCAGCGGUAAGAGGUCGGGGUAGACAACAAGGUCCUAAACAUCAAGGUACUAAAAAAGGCGGUCGAUCAAAAAAAAAAAUAGAUGAUGAUUGGGAGAAUAAGUUCAAAAUCAAAGAAAUUGACAUAGAUCCGGUGACUGCACUGCCAAAUCCCGUUGAGAAUUUAUGGACGUUUCUACUUACUGAGAAGUUUCGAAACAGUACUCCAAGCACUACGUUGGUCGAGUUUGAAACAUAUACAGCAACAAGAGAAGAGCUUUGGAGUUUGCGUGACGGAGAACAUGUUCAAUCAGGAGUAAUUAAUCUUGUUGUUGCUGGGUUAACACUGGAAUAUCGGGACAAUAAAGAAAGCGAU